AUGGAUCCAAUCAUAGGCAAGUCCUCAUCAGAAGAAGCAGGUCGGACCUCCACAGGUGAUAACACCGAUGGCUGUGGCGACCAUGCAGAAGACAACCAUCCAGUAAACGCCGUCGGCGAUAUAACCGAACCAUCGGGAAGUCAGGAAGAUGAGAACUCUUGCACGAUCAAUGAAACCAUGGGCAAGAGCUGGAGCGUGGAUGACAUAACCAAGUCUCCGCUAGAACAGCCAGAAGUUGAGACCUUUCAUCAACAAGAUCCAGCUUCUUCCAAGGUGGCCAUGGGCAAAUGCGCGGAGUGUCGCGAGGCUGCCACCGCGAAGGCUACCAAGGCAGUACAUGUAGACGGCAUGAGUGUGGCCUCGAGUUCCAAGGCUCAGAAGCACAAGACCACGUUCGAGGGUAGUGCCGAUCCAAACACGAGGGAGAAUUCAAGAGAAUCACCAGCGGGUUCAGCUCUCGCGGAAAUCCAAAGAAGAUCGGAGUUGGACGAUUGGAUCGACGAUAUCACUCCCCUACCUCAAGGACCGUCCAGCCGACCCGAGCCGUCGUGCCCUGGAGCAUUUUCCAUUGCACCCGGACUGAUCCAUCCUCACCCAAGCGUUACAGAUGAUGCCGUCGACGAAGAGCAAGAGCCGCAAGAGCAAGGAGAUCAACCAAGAACUAUAACUAUAAGCGCCAUCUUAUCACCCGAAGAAGGUGCAACCCUUUGCGAUGCGAGUCGCUCUGCCGGAACGCUUGUCUCGUAUGAGUUUUCAGAGCGGGACCUGGAAGCAGAGCACACCGAGGUGGCUAUGGUUCUGGAUGGCAAGAUUGUGGAAGAAGACGACGAAAGGCCACGGUGGGUGAUAGCUACCAUUGCUGUUGCAAUUCUGGGUCUAAUUGCCGUCAUCAUUUUGAUGGCUCUAGGAUUGGCAGGGGUCUUUGUCGACACUGAACAUUCAGAAGAUCUCCAAGGUCAAGCCCUUGAAACUUCCCCAAGCAAUGGUGCUGCCACGCCAUCGGCUUCGACGGAGGCUCCAUUUUCUCGUUUGGAUAUGAUCCGAGAACGGGGAUAUCUUACAUGCGUGUACUUCCCCGUCCCUGGAUUCUUGUACAAGGAUAGUGAGACUGGAGAAGUCACAGGCUUCAACUCGGUCUGGUGCAAAGCUAUCGCUGCAGCUCUUUUUGGGCCACAAGACAUGCAAUCAAAGCUGAGGUACCUGGACUUUAAUCUUGCCGUCCUGAAACAGAUUGACGUAUCAACUCUAGGGACCACUCCCACGAUGAGUCGAUACUUCCCCAAAUCGGAUAUAUCAGCAGACGGCUUCUACUUUAGUUCACCCUUCUUCUAUAAUGGGCUCAGAGUCGCUGGUGAUCCAUAUUUUGUGGAUUGCUUUGAAGAUGGCUUCCAUCACGUGGAUGAAUGUGCUGAUCUUAUGCUUUGUGUGCAGGGUCAUACCACACAUGAAACCUUUGCCCUUGCCGCCCUUCCCAACAGACGCAUUGAUUUGAUAGAGAAAAUGCAUGAUGUGCCACUGCAUUUUGUGGAAGGGCGCUGCAACAUCAUGCUCAUCAAGCAAGAAACAGCAUCUGAACCAACGCUAAGGGAAAUGGGUUACACAGGAAAUUACACUGUUGGUCAGAAGCUUUUCAAUAGUGAACCAUGGUCCGUGAUGACAUAUCAAGAUGACCCUGUCUUCUCUGACUUUGUGAACUCUGUGGUACAGUCACUCAUGGCAGCUGAGAGCCGAGGUAUCACUCAAAGCACUGCCCAUCUCAUGCCAGAAACUCACGUCUUUGGCAAAGACCUCAGGAACGCAUUUCGCAAUGCUGUUGAGGCAGUCGGUUCCUAUUCAGAAGUCUACGAACAGUUCCUGCAAGCAUCUAUGCCAAGAAAAGCCAUCAACAUGGUGAACAAUGGAACAACAGGUCAGAUGCAGUCACGUCCUUUUGGGAAAAAUAUUCUCAAAGAAGAGGAAUAUAUCCUGGGUUCAACCAUGGAGAGGGUACUCCAGCGUGGAAAGCUGGUUUGCGGUGUACAGCUUGGAAGGCCAGGGUUUGCCAUGGAAGUGGAAGGUGGUUUGAUCAAGGGAAUCGAUGUUGAUUUUUGCAAGGCUGCUGCAGCUGGCUUGUUUGGCGGUGUUGAUUCCUUGGACAUUGUUCCACUAGAUACACCGUCAGAUGGGUACCAGAAGCUGGUGAAUGGCGAAGUGGAUGCCAUUGCAGGCGCCCUGUGGAAUCUGGAGAAUGAUGUCAUGGAGCCUACAACAGGCGCUGGAUUUGCCUUCAGUCAACCCUACUAUUAUGGCUCUGUUGAUGACAACCACUGUUUAGCGGCACUGCAAGAUGAUCCCAAUUGGUCGUCCUACAUUUUCUGGUUGGUUUCAGCCAUCGUCUAUGCAGAGGAGAAGGGUAUCACACCUGAAACAUGCAAUGACAUGCCCUACAUAUAUGUCUUUGGUUCCAGCUUGAAGAGGAUCUUCCGGGAUGCCAUCUUGGGGGUAGGCAACUAUGGCCAAAUCUACGACAGGAAUUUGGCGGCCAUCUUGCCAAGGAUUGGGAGAAAUCUUCUCAAUGCCAACCCACUUGGACCCCAACUGUAUCAUGUCCCUGGCUUAACUUAA